GAACUCAAGGUCGAAUGUUAGAAGGAGCGAUCGGUGUUCGUUGUCGAGACCUGUCGUUUUCUAGUUAUCUUUUGUUAUUAAUGUAAAUACCUUCUAUAUACUUACUGGUUCACAGACUUACGCUUUUCUCUUCCUUUUUCCCUUUUCAGAUUCAUAUACGGAUAUGGACAAUAAAUUACGUCCGAAACGUUAUCCAGUAAAUGGUCACUUUUCACCGUGACAUUUCUUAUAAAAAGACUAAAAUAGAGCUGGUCGUUACAUUUUAGGGCCAAAGGUGUGAUCCGGCUUGCUCACAAUCAGACUGACGCAAUCAAAAGUAGCCAUCCGUUAAAAUGUAACUCGAACCAGCUUCACAUAUUAUUUAUAGCCUCCAACUUACGCAGGUACGCUGAAGCACUGGGAAAGAGAUUCUGCCCCAGGGGAGCAAUGUAAUGCAUUCGAAACCUUACUCCUCCACUUGGCAGACUCUACUUUUAGACUACCUCACCUCUUUGUUGUCAAGCUCCGCCUUUUGUCAAGUAUCUUUUAUUAUUAAAUGUAUGUACAUUCUAUGCAGUUUCUGAGUCGUCGGCUCAUGCUUUUCUCUUCUCCUUGACCCCUUCAGAUUCUCGUGAUCACCACUAAACUCAGUCCUUUACGCGCCCCUGCAACAACGUACCUACCUACGGGCUAUACGAAAACCUAUCAACAGCUGGUGGUUACAACAAGCUUUAAACCCACUCGUUUAUCCAUUCAUUACUGGUUGUUCCUCUGCUGCCAGUGUGCUGAUAAUCUUUUAGUGUUGUACAAAAAUGACAGAUCCAGCAGAAGCUCGGAAAUGCUUCUCAUGCUGUACCGUUUUCAAUACCGAUGGUGAAUUUUGGAAUCAUAUUCUGAAUGUAGACUGUGGUAACUCGGCAAACGUCAUAAAAAAUGAUCCAAUUUCAUCUCCACCUUGUAAACAAUUAAAUAGUGAUCAGUCUGAAGAUACGUCUACGGAUAAUUUUUAUUUUUGUGGACUAUGUGAAACAAAGUUUUCAUCAAAGGAAGACUUCCAGUUACAUCCUUCUUCAUCAGAACACUUAUUGAAACUAAAUUUGGCUGCUAAAGAGCGCAUUAAUGGUGACUUUGAUCCAUCUACUACCAACAAUAAGCCACAUUUAUUUUGUGAUGUUUGUCAAGUUCAGCUACCGUCAAUCGAAGCCAGAGAAAUUCAUGAAGCUGGCAAAAAGCAUAAAAAGUUAUGUGAACGGCAACCAGGUGUCCGUAUGCAUUUAAAUACUAAUCCGGCAUCAAAUGAAGUGCCCAUUUCCAUAAACACCACUCACUCACCCGAAAAUGUACUUGACAAUCAAGUUGAGUCACCAUUAGUAAUGGAUAGCUCUGACAAUUCUCAUUUGGUUAACAACAAUAAAGUAAAUGUUACUUCACAGCCUACAGUUAGAAGUUUUGAUAAAAGUGAUAUUGUACGCUUAUUACGUCAAGUCUGCUUAACACAAAUAUUAUCCCUCAUGCAUGAGAUGACUGAUGAUAUAUCUCCACAAAUUAACGGAGAAUCUAUUACGACACAGUCAAAAAUAAGUGAGCAUGAUUUGAUGGAAAUGAUCAGAUCUGUUUGUCGCGAAGAACUACAUGCGAUUUUACGGCCAACUUCAUAGAACAUUAUUUUUAAUCACUCCGAAAAUACGGGCAAUUAAUCUUUCAUAACUUUUGUGAAAAAACUUUUCUUAUUUUUUCAAAAAUAACUAGUGUUUUGCAAACCGCUCAUAUUAGGAAAGAUAAAUUCUUAAUUAUUCUUCGAUUACCUAACCUUUGUCAAGAAAACUGCAUAUCUCAUUACCUGUGCUAAAUAAAUCCUGAUUGAU